AUGUAUAUAAAAAUUUAUAUAAUAAUAGCAUAUGGAUUAUUAGUACUCUUUGAUAUGAUAAAAUGUAUAUAUAUAGAGAAAAGUAAAAAUGCAUUAAAAAAAUGUAAAAAAAAAAAAUAUAAUUUAAAUAAAAAAGUGAAUAAAAUAUUUUUUGUAGUAAAUAAAAUAAAAAAGACAAAUUUAAAUAAAAUAAAAAACUUGAUAAAAAUGGAAAACUCUAAUUUUGAUAAAGAUAGAUUAUCUUUACUAAAAAAUUUAGAAGAAGAAUCAAACAUAGUUUUACAAUCACCUGAAUGGAAUGAAAAAUGCCCAUUACUAGAAAUAAAUAAUCUUCAUGCUAUAGAAAUUGAAGGAGAAAAAGAAAUAUUAAAAGGAAUUAAUCUAAAAAUAUAUUUAGGAGAAAAGCAUACUAUAAUGGGUAGAAAUGGAUCUGGUAAAUCUACACUUGCAAAGGUAAUCGCAGGACAUCCAUAUUAUAAAGUUACUAAAGGAAAUAUGAAAUUCAAAGGAUUAGAUUUAAAUACUUUACCUGUUAAUGUUAGAUCAUUAUGUGGUAUAUUUUUAGCUUUUCAAUAUCCUGUUGAAUUACCAAUGGUUAAAAAUAAUGAAUUUUUAAGAGCCGCUUUAAAUUGUCAUCGAAGAAAUAGAAAUGAAACAGAAAUAAGUGCUUCUGAAUUUAAUUUAUUAAUGAUAAAUGAGAUAAAAAAAGUAGGAUUAAGUCCUGAUUUUUUAGAUAGGCCAGUUAAUUAUGGUUUUAGUGGAGGAGAAAAAAAAAGAAAUGAAAUUUUACAAAUGCUAAUUUUAAAACCAUCAUUUUGUAUUCUAGAUGAAACAGAUUCAGGUUUAGAUGUAGACUCUUUUAAAUUAACAUCUAGUGUUAUUUCAAAUUUUUCUAAUAAAAAUAAUUCCUUUUUAAUAGUAACACAUUAUAAAAAAUUAUUAGAACUACUAAAACCAAAUUUUAUACAUAUUAUGCACCAUGGGAAAAUUAUAGAAAGUGGAGAUUAUUCAUUAGUUGACAAAAUAGAAUCUGAAGGUUUUUCUCAAUUUCUUAAAAAUUCUGAUACAAGUUAA